AUGAACAAUUUCUUCCAAUGCUUCAUGCCUUUCAAUCUGUAUGAUAAGUGGAGGCUUCUGAUUUCAGAAUCCAGUGGUCCCGAGGACAGGGAAGCGGAUCAGAAACCACCACCUUUACAACAAGAAUACGAGCGACUGGAGAGGAAAAACAGGGAGAUGAAAGCUCAACUCGGUCGGCUCACCCGUUCGAAGCAAGAAUUAGAAGAAAUCCACACGCACCUCGAAGCCAAGAUUCGCCAACAGCAAGCACAGUUCGACAAAGUCCAUGUCAAAACAACCGCCAAAAUCAAGAUAUCCGAAGAAGAACGAGCAAGCCUGGAGAGAUUAUUGCAUCAACAAGAAGAAGAGUUCAAAAGGAAACUAGGCGAAGUCACUGAAUCGCUGAGUAUAUCGCAGAAAAAGCGUUCAACUGCCGAAGAGAAAGCUCGUCGGCAGGGAGAACUGUAUUACGAAGCUCAAAAAUCCGCAGAUAACGUUCUCUUGGAGAACGACAAGCUUUUGAAUCAGAUCUCAAAAUUUCGAUGCUCUAAUAGGACCUUGGAUGACGACGAUGUUGCGUCCCAACUGCGUGGCCUGAACCAACGUCUCGAGAAAUGGAUCAGGUUCCAUUUCGCCCAGGCUCUAUUGCAGCCGUCUGCCGCGGGUCCAGGAUCUUCAGCGGGAGCCGUCAGUGGCAUUUCUGAGCGCCUCCGUCGCUCCCAUGAAAUAUUUUCUCACUUAUCGAACAAGAUCUUCAUCACCGUAUUGGAAAAAUUCAUGGUUGGUGUGAAUAGUGCCGAGCUUGCCCUGGCCCUCCGCAUAAUUCACGAAAAAGUACAGGAACUACAGCCUGAGUUUCUCUGGAAAAACUGGCACUUUGCAACAAACGCCGUACUACCACUGCUUCUUCGCGAGGAUUUGGAGUGGUCGUGUAAUGAGGUUAUUCUAUUCGCAGAAUCAUAUUUUGCGGGCCUAUCACAUACGGAUCGCUCUACGCGCAUUUGCCAAUUGAGGGACCUUAUAUGGGGGUUUAUCGAUUUCAAACAAAAGUUACAACAGCAGAGCGAGCUGUAUGAAUUCAGAUGGGUCCAGGUUGGCUGCCAGUUCUCCAAAGGUGCGAUGAGUGCCAUCACCGGAGAAGGCCCUGAUGAUGGGAUUGUUGAAUAUUGCAUUUCGCCUUCUCUAUACAAGCGCACCCCGGGGAAAAGUGGCGUCGUGGUGGAAAAGGCUAGGGUGAAGUUAAGAGCCCAUGUUAGCCACGCAAUGCUCUGUGGUUAUCCGAUUCGUCAUCAUGAUGCGCAUUCAGUAUGA